CGCACGAUGAGCAUACCGUCUGCCCAAAAUUCGCGAUCAUCUUUCGCGUCCAAGACCGCCUGGGAUGCUCUCGGUAUAGAGUCGGGCGAAGAAACGGAAGAGGAGGAGGCCGUUGAGUCUCCCGUGACAUCACUCACGAGCACUGAACCAGCACCUCUCACCAAGAGUGCACAGAAGAAGCUAAAGGAGAAGGCUCGCGCGGAAAAGAAGGCUCAGGAGAAAGCUGCGCGCGCGGCAGCACGAGCGCAGGCGAACGGAAAGCCUGCAAAUGGAACCGCGUCACUGAGCCCAUUGGAGACACCAUCCGACAGCCCUUCGAUCGUCACCAAGCCUCUUGAGGAGACCAAGAACGUUGUUGAAGCGGUAGCAAAACCAGCAGAGGACCUCCAGACGGAUGAUGAGGUUGCCCAGACCGCCGUCGAGACGAAUGGAGACACGCAACAUACAAUGGAGUCCUCAGCUCCUGAGCCCGAGCCAUUGAUUAACGCGAAAAUCGAGAGCGAACUGCCGUCAAAAGUGGAGCUGAAGCCACCUGCACCGCCGCUCGUUGCACCGCAGUCCCAGCAGAAACAGCAAUUGGUGGAGAAGAAAGAGAAGAACACGGAAGAGAGGAAAGUCGUUUUCGCAACACCGGACGAGAAGCCCAGAGCCGUGCGGAAUGGCACUAGCGUCAGCGAGCAAGAUGCAGAGAAGGUGAAGAAGAGGCAGAGCUUCUUGACGAGAACGUUAUGGACGUUUAUUAUGAUCGGUGGCUUCAUUGCCUUGCUUCUGAUGGGCCAUGUCUACAUGAUUGUGCUUGUAUUCAUGUGUCAGAUGUUGGUAUAUCGCGAAGUCACCGCGCUGUUCUCGCUCAAGCGGAAACCGCAAGACGAGGAGGAAGCAAACGGACGCGACCCAUGGAGCAAGACGCUCAACUGGUACUUCUUCGCCGUGGUGAACUACUACUUGUACGGCGAGACGAUUAUCUACUACUUCAAGCAUGUUGUUUUCUCAGAUGCCCAGCUCAUCGGGUUCGCUACCAACCACCGGUUCACUAGCUUCUCGCUGUAUACCCUCGGUUUCGUCGGUUUCGUCUUGUCACUCAAGCGUGGAUACCUCAAGCAACAAUUCGGCCUGUUCUGUUGGGUGCAUAUGACCUUGAUGCUCAUUGUGGUCUCUAGCCACUUCAUCGUGAACAACAUUCUCGAGGGUAUGAUCUGGUUUUUCGUUCCCGCGUCUCUUGUGAUCUGCAACGACGUGUUCGCAUACGUGUGGGGCAUCACCGUGGGUCGCACCCCACUUAUAAAACUCUCUCCAAAGAAAACCGUCGAGGGUUUCGUUGGCGCAUUCUUCAGCACCGUCAUUUUCGGCAUUGCCUGGGGCACAUAUUUCGCGCAGUUUGAAUACAUGACCUGCCCCGUGCGUGACCUCGGCGCGAGCGCGUUUGAUAGCGUCGUGGCGUGCACUCCCAACCCCGUGUUCGUCUGGCGUGAGUGGGUCAUUCCGGGUCCGCUGAGCGCGUUCUUGUCUACUGUGCUCGGGCGCUCUGUGUCGUCUGUCCCAUAUACGCCCUACCAGUACCACGUCCUCUUCCUUGCUACCUUCGCCUCUCUUGUCGCGCCAUUCGGCGGUUUCUUUGCCUCGGGCUUCAAACGUGCCUUCGAUAUCAAGGACUUUGGCCACAGCAUCCCUGGGCAUGGCGGUAUGACCGACCGUAUGGACUGCCAGUUCUUGAUGGGUGUCUUUACCUAUGUCUACUACUCGAGCCUCAUUCGUCAACACCACGUCACUGUAGGAUCCAUCCUACAGAUGAUUGUGAGCGGCUUGACGAUCGAAGAGCAGCUCGAGCUCAUGUCCGAUCUCAAGAGGUAUCUUGAAGGCCAGGGUGUCAAGCUCAAACUUUAAUUUCUUGCCGUUUCCACUGCUUUCUACCGGGUUGAGCUGCGCAAGUGUCAGACCUAUGCAAAACCAUCUUACGUCCCCUAC